UACUGCGCAUGCGUACGGAGAUGGACUUCUGACAAUGAAUAUCUCCAGGCAACACAAAAAGCAAAUGAACUAAACCUCGCGAAGAAUUACGCAAAUACUGUAACUGCCUUUCUGUGGUCUCACUAUGCCGAUUAAUAAACUUGACAAACCCGACAAGCUGGACGUCAGUGAUAAUGUUAAGGUGGUAGUAAGAUGUCGUCCCCUCAACCAAAAAGAAAAGAUGAUGGGCAACAAGCAGGCCGUCAUUGUGGACGAGAUCCGUGGGACCAUAACUGUAAACAAACUGGAGACUCCCCAGGAGCCCCCAAAAACCUUCACCUUUGACACUGUCUUUGGACCAGACAGCAAACAGCUGGAUGUUUACAAUCUGACAGCCCGCCCCAUCAUUGACUCAGUGCUAGAAGGUUACAAUGGGACCAUUUUUGCAUAUGGGCAAACUGGCACAGGAAAAACAUUCACCAUGGAGGGUGUGAGAGCAGUGCCUGAGCUCAGGGGAAUAAUCCCUAAUUCCUUUGCUCAUAUUUUUGGACACAUUGCCAAGGCAGAGGGUGACACCAGGUUUUUGGUUCGUGUCUCAUACCUUGAAAUUUACAAUGAAGAAGUGCGAGACUUGCUUGGAAAGGACCAGAUGCAAAGGCUAGAGGUGAAAGAAAGGCCAGACGUUGGUGUAUAUAUCAAAGAUCUUUCUGUUUAUGUUGUGAACAAUGCUGACGACAUGGAUACAAUUAUGACACUUGGCCACAAAAACCGAUCUGUUGGUGCCACAAACAUGAAUGAACACAGUUCUCGGUCCCACGCCAUUUUCACUAUCACCAUUGAGUGCAGCGAAAAGGGUGUGGAUGGAAACCAGCACGUACGCAUGGGAAAGCUUCAUUUGGUUGAUCUCGCAGGCUCAGAAAGACAGGGGAAGACUGGAGCUACAGGCCAGCGGUUAAAAGAAGCAACAAAGAUCAAUCUCUCCCUUUCUACACUUGGUAAUGUCAUCUCUGCCCUGGUGGAUGGCAAGAGCACCCAUGUACCGUACAGGAACUCCAAACUUACCCGACUGCUACAAGAUUCACUUGGAGGAAACUCCAAGACCAUGAUGUGUGCAAAUAUAGGGCCUGCAGACUAUAAUUAUGAUGAGACCAUUAGUACCCUGCGCUACGCAAACAGGGCCAAAAACAUCAAAAACAAAGCCAGGAUCAAUGAGGAUCCCAAAGAUGCCUUAUUGCGACAGUUUCAGAAGGAGAUAGAAGAGCUUAAGAAGAAACUGGAGGAAGGUGAAGAGAUCUCUGGCUCAGAGGCCAGUGGGUCAGAAGAGAUGGAUGAAGUUGACGAAGAAGGAGGGGUUGUAGGAGAUGGCCGCAGGAGAAGAAGAGGGAAAAAGAAGGUUUCCCCAGAUGAAAUUGUGGAGAUGCAGGCAAAAAUCGAAGAGGAAAGGAAGGCUUUGGAGGCCAAGCUGGACAUGGAGGAAGAAGAGAGGAACAAGGCGAGAGCAGAGCUUGAGAAAAGAGAGAAGGACCUGCUCAAAGCACAGCAGGAGCAUCAUAUGCUGCUAGAGAAAUUGUCUGCUUUAGAGAAGAAGGUCAUUGUGGGUGGAGUGGACCUCCUUGCAAAGGCUGAGGAGCAGGAGAAGCUCUUGGAGGAGUCCAACAAUGAGCUCGAAGAACGUCGCCAGCGAGCAGAGCAAUUGCGCAAAGAGUUGGAGGAGAAAGAACAAGAACGUCUGGAUAUUGAAGAGAAGUACACAAGUCUUCAGGAAGAAGCUCAAGGAAAGACCAAAAAACUGAAGAAAGUAUGGACCAUGCUUAUGGCUGCAAAAUCUGAAAUGGCAGAUCUGCAACAAGAGCAUCACAGAGAGAUUGAAGGCCUCCUGGAGAACAUCCGCCAGCUGAGCAGAGAACUUCGACUCCAGAUGCUCAUAAUAGACAACUUUAUUCCGCAGGAAUAUCAGGAGAUGAUCGAGAACUAUGUACACUGGAAUGAAGACAUUGGAGAGUGGCAGCUGAAAUGUGUCGCAUACACUGGCAACAAUAUGAGAAAGCAGACCCCUGCUCCUGACAAAAAAGAAAAAGAUCCAUUUGAGAUGGACCUAUCCCAUGUUUAUUUGGCCUACACGGAGGAGAGCAUGCGGCAGUCCCUGAUGAAACUAGACAGGCCUAGAACUUCAAAAAGUAGUAAGAGUGGCCGGCCCAAGACUGGCCGAAGGAAAAGAUCUGCGAAGCCUGACUUUGUGAUGGAAUCGCUUCUGCAGUGACGACAGCACAACCAAAUUCAGCUGUUAACUGCAAGCUGUAUGUUACCUUAGGAGA